AUGCAUCUAACCGAGUGGCGCUCGUUGCGCGGAGCGGCAAUCGAACAAGUCGGCGUUCGCCCAGCCAUCUCCUCGCUCCCCGCGUCUCUUCCCCCAAUCACACUGCUUCCGCACCCCUCUCCGGGGUCCCUUUCUCCUCCAAUUUUCGCUCCAUUUCCCGCAGGGCGCUGUCCCGGGUCGCACCUCCGCUCCAAUCUCGCCUUCGACAUUCGGCCUACUACAAGAAACGUCUCUGCUAGCCCCAAGAGGCCGAGUCCCCCGCCUUCCCUUCUCUCUCCCGCAUCGCAUCGCGUCCAGCGUUCUCAGAACGCGAACGCGAACGCGAACGCAUCCCCACACUGCCCCCAACUCGCCGGAAUCGCCCGCGCCGCACUGGCUUCCGACUCGGCACACAUCAGCAUUGGGCUGCUGGGCGACCCAUCCACGGCGCUCCCACGGACGCACGUCCAGAAGGCCCAGCCAGCCGUGUGCGCCGCGCUCCAACUCGGGCCACCCCGCUCGAAUCAGCCGCGCCGCGCGCUCGCUCGCCUUCUCACGAUCACAGGCAGCAUCAGCCCAUCAUCAUCUGGCCCAUCUGGCAGUUCCGCGCCCGCGCGCGUCGAUGGCCCUCGGCCGUGCAUGCCCCAGCCACUCCCCAGCCACGGUAUAUCUUGUGCCCCGCGACGUCGCAAGCGCGUGCCCCUGCCCUCCCGGAGGUCGCUCCCCCCGGGCGUCCCCCAUCUGAUCGCCCUCGGGCCUCUCCGACCCCUCCGUCUAUUUUCGUGCACGCCCGUCCUUCCAGCGCGCUAA